AUGGGCAAGAUGAAGGCUCAGGAUCUUCUCAGCAAGGAGGAAGAGGAGCUGUUGAAACAGCUGGAUGACUUGAAGGCAGAAUUGUCCCAGCUGCACAUCCCCAAAGUGACAGGCAGCAUUGAGUCCAAGCUCUCCAAGAUGAGAGCAGUCCACAAACACAUUGCUUAUAUUCUCUCCAUCAUUAACCAGACUCAGAAAGAAAACCUCAGGAGAUUCUACAAGGGCAAGAAGUUUAAACCCCAGGAUCUACACCAAAAAGAUGUGUGUCCUGUGCCUCAGAGUCAUGAAGCAGGAGGACCUGAAACUGAGAAGCAGCUGUGGAGGUACCUGGUCAAGGUCUGA